AGGAAAUCGAGUCAUUUUAUCAUUGACUCUGAAAAAACAAGAGCCAUUUUGAUUUUCGAGGUUAUUAGCAGUUACACUCCAAAAUAAAUUAGCGAUUGCAAGUUUGCAAUUCAGAAAAAUAAAAAGACCGAUUGAACUUGAAGAGAGAGCAGAGAUGCGUCACCGUCGAUCCGUCACUGCUACUUGCAGGUUUCUCAUCUUAGUCUGCGCUCUUGUACUGUAUGGGGUUACCAGUUCUCCUGUUGGAACUCGGAAGACAGGCAGAUCAUCAGUAUUUUCUUUAUUUAAUCUCAAAGAGAAGAGUAGGUUUUGGAGUGAGUCUGUUAUACGCGGCGAUUUUGAUGAUCUGGAAUCUUCAAGCCCUGGAAAAAUGGGAGCUUUCAAUUACACUAGGGCGGGUAAUAUUGCAAAUUAUCUAGGGCUUCAGGAAGUGGAUUCUAUGUACCUCCCAGUUCCUGUGAAUUUCGUUUUCAUAGGAUUUGAAGGAAAAGGGAACCAAGAAUUCAAGCUUCAUCCAGAAGAACUUGAGCGCUGGUUCUUGAAAAUUGAUCACAUCUUUGAACAUACAAGAAUUCCACAAAUUGGAGAAGUGCUCACCCCAUUUUACAAAAUUAGUGUAGAUAAAGAGCAACGUCACCAUCUUCCCAUUGUCAGUCACAUAAAUUACAAUUUUUCAGUUCAUGCCAUUCAAAUGGGUGAAAAGGUUACUUCUAUCUUUGAGCAUGCCAUCAACGUUUUUGCUCACAAGGAUGAUGUAUCUACUAAGAGGGAUGAUGGAGAUGUCCUUUGGCAAGUGGAUAUGGACAUGAUGGACGUUCUUUUUACUAGCCUUGUAGAAUAUCUUCAACUUGAAAAUGCAUAUAACAUUUUCAUUUUGAAUCCCAAGAAUACCUUAAAGAGAAAAUAUGGAUAUAGGAGAGGAUUAUCAGAGUCUGAAAUAAAUUUUCUGAAGGAGGAUAGGAGUUUGCAAACAAAAAUUCUUCAGUCAGGAAGCAUUCCUGAAACUGUUCUUGAACUUGAGAAGACUAAGAGACCUUUGUAUGAAAAGCAUCCAAUGACCAAAUUUGCAUGGACAAUAACUGAGGACACUGAUACAGUGGAAUGGUACAAUAUUUUUUUGAACGCACUCAAUAAUGUUGAGAAGUUAUAUCAGGGGAAGGACACUUCUGAUAUCAUUCAGAAUAGAGUUCUACAGUUAUUAAAAGGGAAGAAUGAGGAUAUGAAACUUACUCUUGAAAAGGAGUUAAAAUCUGGAGACUUUAGUGAUUUUCAUGAAGAAUGUCUUACAGAUACAUGGAUUGGAAGGGACAGGUGGGCUUUUGUUGAUUUAACUGCAGGUCCUUUCUCCUGGGGUCCUGCUGUUGGUGGAGAAGGUGUGCGUACGGAGCUUAGUUUGCCUAAUGUCACAAAAACCAUUGGUGCAGUUGCAGGUGAGAUUUCAGAAGAUGAAGCUGAAGAUCGCUUACAAGAUGCAAUUCAGGAAAAGUUUGCAGUAUUUGGUGAUAAAGAUCAUCAAGCCAUCGAUAUUCUUCUGGCAGAGAUAGAUAUUUAUGAGCUUUUUGCUUUCAAGCACUGCAAGGGAAGGAAAGUUAAACUAGCUCUUUGUGAAGAGCUUGAUGAGAGAAUGCAAGAUUUGAAAAAUGAGCUCCAAUCUUUUGAAGGUGAUGAAUAUGAUGAAAGUCAUAAAAGGAAGGCUAUAGAGGCAUUAAAGCGCAUGGAAAAUUGGAAUCUUUUCACUGAUACUUAUGAGCAGGAGUUUCAAAACUACACUGUUGCACGGGAUACUUUUCUGGCACAUUUAGGUGCAACACUGUGGGGUUCCAUGAGACACAUAAUUUCACCUUCAAUUGCUGAUGGUGCUUUCCACUAUUAUGAGAAGAUAUCCUUUCAGUUGUUCUUCAUCACACAAGAGAAAGUCAGAAACAUUAAACAACUACCUGUGGAUCUCAAGGCUAUCAUGAAUGGGCUUUCCUCUUUGUUGUUGCCUUCACAAAAACCUAUUUUCAGCCAGAACCUAUUACCGCUAUCAGAAGAUCCUGCUUUGGCAAUGGCCUUUUCAGUGGCGCGAAGAGCAGCAGCUGUUCCACUAUUGCUUGUUAAUGGAACAUAUAGGAAGACCAUAAGAUCCUACCUUGAUUCCUCCAUUCUCCAAUAUCAGUUGCAGAAGUUGAAUGACCAUGGUUCUCUCAAAGGAGCGCAUGCCAAUAGCAGGUCUAUGCUUGAAGUUCCUAUCUUUUGGUUCAUUCAUGGAGAGCCAUUAUUGGUUGACAAACACUAUCAAGCAAAGGCUCUUUCAGACAUGGUGAUUGUUGUCCAGUCGGAGCAAUCAUCCUGGGAAAGCCAUCUUCAGUGUAAUGGGCAGUCACUUCUAUGGGAUUUAAGGAGACCCAUAAAAGCUGCUAUUGCUGCUGUUUCCGAACAUCUGGCUGGUUUACUUCCCCUUCACAUUGUCUAUAGCCAUGCUCAUGAAACUGCAAUUGAGGACUGGAUAUGGUCUGUGGGUUGCAAUCCUAUUUCUGUAACUUCUCAAGGUUGGCACAUAUCACAAUUUCAGUCUGAUACAAUUGCUCGUAGCUAUAUAAUCACAACUCUAGAAGAAUCUAUCCAACUGGUCAAUUCAGCCAUUCACCGUCUUUUCUUGGAGCCUACAUCUGAAAAGACAUUCAGGCUCUUUCAGUCCAAAGAGCAAGAGCUUGUGAACAAGUAUAAUUACGUUGUUAGCCUGUGGAGAAGGAUCUCAACCAUUACUGGAGAAUUGCGUUAUGUGGAUGCCAUGCGACUUCUUUAUACCUUAGAGGAUGCUUCCAAAGGGUUUGCUGAUCAAGUAAAUUCAACUAUAGCUCUUCUGCACCCAAUUCACUGCACCACAGAGAGGAAAGUGCAUGUGGUGUUUGAUAUGACAACAAUGCCUGCUUUCUUGACAGUUCUCGCCGUUCUUUAUAUUGUCUUGAAGCCACGGCGACCAAAGCCCAAAAUUAAUUGAUAAUACUUCGGGGCAGAGUUGAUGAACGUGAAGAGCUUUGGCUAACCUGUGAGGAAACGAUUAUGCAUUUGUCCCCUUAUAUGUAUACACAUUUGUUUUCCUGCUUGAGGCAGCACAAUUUUAUUGAAGUAGAGUUCAAUUACAGAAAAAGUAGGAAUGAUAACAGCGAGAGCAGCUCGGUUCCAGGGAAGUGGCAUUGUACUUUCUGGCCUAGCAUUUGAAUUUUUCAAAAAUUUCUAACGUAGGGGAAGUGUAAUAUAUGUUUGAAUUGUAUCAAUGGACUCAAUAGCAAGUUGAAAAUUUUGCUGCAUACCGAUCAGUCCAGCAUUCUGGUCUCUGCUUGUCCUGAAGUCGAACUCUACGUUAUAUAUUACUUAGUUUGGCUUGAUUUUAUGAAGAAGCAUUUGUUAAAUUGUAAAGUUCAGAAUGAUUUUUGGAAAAGCACUUAGUGUGAAGCAUGCAAAAUAAUUACUGAAUAGCAUGAAACAAGGAAUUUAUAAAGUAGUUUCAUGAGAUUUUUUUUGUCA